AUGCAUACAGCAUACCGUUGGGAUGCAGACCCCAAGGCCUUCCAACUCCGUGCUGUCCAGGCCCAGCUCGAAGGGACGGACAUGGUGGCGCAAGCACCAACAGGUGCAGGCAAGACGGCUCUCGCGGCAGGACCUCAUCUCUGGCCUGGCAACGAGAAGAAAUUCACCAUUAUGGUCUGCCCAUUAUUAACUCUGGAGGAAGAAAUGUGCGAAACCUUUGUGACGGACUUUGGCCUUCAGGCUGUGGCCUUGAAUAGCAAGAAUGAGGCAUGCUCCCCCUCUCUAACAUCUUGUUCAAUAAAGGACAUACUUUCAUACAAGUAUCAAAUCAUUCUCGUCUCACCGGAGAUGCUCCAGUCGCGCAUGUUCACCAACUGUAUCCUUCGUAAUACUCGCUUUAUGAAGGAUAUUAUAUCCUUAUUCAUUGACGAGGCACAUUGUAUUGUUCUUUGGGGCACAGACUUUCGAAAAAAGUACGGUACACUUGGCAAGGUGCGCGCAUUUUUACCCCGCGGCACCCCUGUAGUUGCUGUCUCUGCGACCCUCACCCCUCGCGUCGUCCGAGCCAUCUGGGCCUCUCUCCACUUUGCGCACUCCAACACCCAAAGCCGUUAUCAAAACGAAGGGAACGACCGCCCUAAUGUGUCCAUCAUCGUUCGCGCUUGCGAGCAUCCGCUCAAUACUUUCGCUGACCUCGCUUUUGCCAUACCCACAAACCUCCAAGCCAUUACCGACAUCCCCAAGACAUAUAUAUACGUGGACAACAUAGCUACGGGCGGUGAGAUCAUCGACUAUCUCAACCAUCGAAUCGACCAAAAUUCCUCUAUUGCGACCGCCUCCGAGCAGGUACGAGCGUCCUUCCGAGGCAUUGUGCGCCCUUUCAACGCAACGCUAUCACAUCGCUACCGAACACUGGCCAUGUCACACUUCUGUGACGGCAAAAUCCGCAUACUGGUUUGCACGGACACCGCAGGAAUGGGCUGCAACAUUCCGGACAUUGAUCGCGUCAUCCAAUGGAAGCUCUCCGCCACCUUCUCACACUUCAUACAACAUGCUGGAUGUGCUGCACGGGGCAGAGGCCGGACAGGUGUCGCUGUCCUGCUAGUGGAGCGCUCAGCCUAUAAUAUCAACAUCUUCAACUCCGGUUCAACAACGAAAUCGACCUCCGUUUCCCAUUCAAAGGGAAAAGGGAAGGGCAACAAGCGUGUGGACCCCGUAACUGACCCGCCGAAGGAGAAGCGCGAACAGGCAGAUGUUCGAGAUUAUGUGCUUGCCCAUGGUCUAUUGCGAGGAGAAUCACAGGGAGUUGAUGCCAUACCGAAUGGUGCCCAGCCGCUUUUAUGUGAGGACAGCGCUGAUGAGGGCCUAUUGGUAUUUGUGCAGAGUAUCUCGUGUCGAUGCGCAGUGUGGGCGCGCGUGUUUGACAACCCCUACCCUCUCACCCCUACAGUACCCUGUUGUGACAUCUGUGUGCCCUCCCUUUUUGAUCGCACCCGUCCGCCUCCACUGCCACCUGAAUGCCGUGCGCGCAAUCUGAAGAGAGGCAAACCAGACCUGGCCGUGCGCGACACGCUCCGUACCUGGCGCAAGGCCAUGUUCAAAACACAUCACGCAUCCGCGCAGUACGAUGAGACGUCUAUCCUCGAUGACGAUCUCAUACUGGUGUUGGUCUCUCAUGGCAGUCUCAACACGCAGCAAGCCCUCAACCUCAUACAAGACAAGUGGCCAUUCCAUCAUAUGUACGCUGACGAGCUG